ACACACAUAGUUGCAAACUUCUAAAAUGGCUACUCCUCACCAACCUUUGUUAACAAAAACUCACAAAAAAAAUCCAAUAAUCAGCUUCAAGAUCCUCACUUUUGUUAUAACUUUCUUUGUUGCUCUCUUCUUAGUUGUGUUUCUUGUUGCUCCAUACCAAGUUGAGAUUGAACAUUCUAAUCUAUGUAAGGCUGCACAAGAUUCCCAACUCUGCCUUAGUUAUGUCUCUGAUUUAAUGUCCAAUGAAAUUGUCACAUCAAAUUCAGAUGGACCAAGUAUUCUGAAGAAAUUCUUAGUUAAAUAUGUUCAUCAAAUGAACAGUGCAAUUCCAGUGGUUCGCAAAAUAAAGAAUCAGAUCAAUGACAUUCGUCAACAAGGGGCUUUAACUGAUUGUCUUGAGCUUCUUGAUCUGUCAGUUGAUUUAGUAUCUGAUUCAAUUGCAGCAAUUGAUAAAAGAAGUCGUUUGGAGCAUGCCAAUGCGCAAAGUUGGCUAAGUGGUGUGCUUACUAACCACGUUACGUGCCUUGAUUCGUUAAGUACUAAGAAUGGAACAGUUCUUGAUGAGUUGAUCACUAGAGCUAAGGUAGCAUUGGCGAUGCUCGCGUCUGUAACAACUCAGAAUGAGGAUGUUUUCAGGACGGUUUUAGGAAAAAUGCCAUCUUGGGUGAGUUCGAGGGAUAGGAAGCUGAUGGAGAGUUCGGGUAAGGACAUCAAAGCAAAUGCAGUGGUGGCACAAGAUGGAACAGGGGAUUAUCAAACACUUGCUGAAGCAGUUGCUGCUGCACCAGAUAAGAGUAAGACGCGUUAUGUAAUUUAUGUAAAGAUGGGAAUUUAUAAAGAGAAUGUUGAGGUGACUAGCAGGAAAAUGAACUUGAUGAUUGUUGGUGAUGGCAUGAAUGCUACCAUCAUUACUGGUAGCCUUAAUUAUGUUGAUGGAACAACAACCUUCCGCUCUGCCACUCUUGCUGCAGUUGGGCAAGGAUUUAUACUACAGGACAUAUGUAUACAGAACACAGCAGGACCAGAGAAACACCAAGCGGUGGCACUUCGAGUUGGAGGUGAUAUGUCUGUCAUAAAUCGUUGUCGUAUUGAUGCUUAUCAAGACACCCUAUAUGCACAUUCUCAAAGGCAAUUCUAUCGAGACUCCUACGUGUCAGGGACUAUUGAUUUCAUAUUUGGUAAUGCAGCAGUUGUAUUCCAGAAAUGCCAGCUCAUAGCUAGAAAACCGAGUAAAAAUCAGAAAAACAUGGUGACUGCACAAGGCAGGACGGACCCAAAUCAGGCCACGGGGACAUCAAUUCAGUUCUGUGACAUAAUAGCAAGUCCGGACCUAGAACCAGUCGUGAAAGAAUUCAAAACUUAUCUUGGUAGGCCAUGGAAAGAAUAUUCAAGAACUGUAGUGAUGCAAUCAUACUUAGGUGGUCUCAUUGAUCCAGCGGGUUGGGCUGAGUGGAGCGGAGAAUUUGCGUUGAAGACAUUGUAUUAUGGUGAGUAUAUGAACAAUGGACCUGGUGCUGGUACUAGUAAGCGUGUCAAGUGGCCUGGUUAUCAUGUCAUUACUGACCCCGCUGAAGCUAUGCCGUUCACUGUGGCUGAGCUGAUUCAGGGUGGAUCAUGGUUGAGUUCUACUGGUGUUGCGUAUGUGGAUGGAUUAAAUGAUUAGAGUAUUAUAAAAUUACUCUUUUCUUUGUUUAUGUAACAAGACAUCUCUUUAACUAUGUAUUUUUGUGUUCCAGUAUUCCUAAAAGCUCAAAAUAAGUAUUUAUUAAUACAAUGUGCCAUAACCUAUAUUGGAUGGCCAUUUGGUUGAGCUA